AUCGAAAUUGAAUUGGUUGGAUAAUAGUGUGUUUAAUUCUCUGAUUUUCUUCUAACAUGUUGUAUUUAUUCGAAAAAUUUUGUGCUUGCAGUUAGUUAAUUCAUUGCAUAAUGUCUUUAGAACAAACAGCAUGUGAUGAUUUGAAAGCGUUUGAGCGUCGUCUGACUGAGGUAAUCGGAUGUCUGCAGCCUGCCACAUUGAGAUGGAGAAUUGUUCUAGCAGUGGUGUCUGUAUGUACGGCGAUGGCUGCCUGGCACUGGCUCACCGACCCGCUCACACCUGUGGUCUCACUCAGCCAAUCACUGUGGAACCAUCCUAUCUUUGCAUUCACUUCCACUUUCUUGGUGCUGCUAUUCAUGAUGGGUGUGCACCGCAAGGUGAUCGCGCCGAGUAUCAUCACGGCGCGCACGCGCUCCGUACUCAACGACUUCAACAUGUCCUGUGACGAUACUGGCAAGCUUAUUCUCAAGCCGCGUCCGGCCAAUUAGAUCACACUUGUAUGUAAUUAAUAAUUAAUUUGUAAAUAUUACUUAAGAAUAAACUUUUCGUUUCACUUUUUGUUGGAAUUUAAAGCCCCUUAUGGUAUGGUGUGGUGUAACAGACUGGUGUCCCUAACUCCACGUCUCCGCCCCCAUUUUAUGUCCGACGGGUGCAGGGUCCCAUUUGUGCCACUCGAGUUCGUCUUAAUUUACGUUGCCGCGGAACGGAAUGGAACGGAAGCGUCAAUUUCGCCUCGCUGCGCUAGAAGGCGCACGUGGAAUGCUCGAGCAUUCGCAAGCAUUCUCACGACUGCGCCUUGAGGUUGUAGUAUUUCGUCGACGUUUGACGUCACACUACACUUCGCGUGGAUUCGCCAGGAAUCGCCUAGGCAGUCGGAGUCAGCUCCAAGGGACUCCGUUUUGUGGAGAAUAGACACGCCUGCGUUUUGGUAACGUUAAAUUUGGCAUCGCCCCAAUCGGAG